UAUGGGAAUUGUCAAGUUGUUUGUUUUCAAUCGGCCAAAAAAAGAAUGUGUCGGAACGUUUGCCCCUGUAAUCAUAGAAAGGCAUGAAUCCAAACAAAACCAGGUUUAGCUUUAAUUCUUUUUCAUCUUCUCUUCCCAAUUACCACCCAAAAUUGUGUAUUUUGAUCCAAGAAAACUAUUUUUUCUGCUUUUUUUUUUGGGAAGAUUAUCAAGACAAGAUGGAGAACCCAAUCACCAGAAAUUGCUGCAACCAUCAACUAUGGCUGGUCAUUCUUAUCUCCUUUGUUUUAUGUUUUGUAUUGUUUGGCUUUGAUUAUUCAGCCCUAAUUGGAAUCCAAGAAAGAGUCACUGUUCCAUUCGCUAAUUAUGAAAAUUCAAUCUCUACCCACAAAUCAAAAUCCCCUCAGCUCCCUGAAAUUCUCAACCAAACCUCCAUUGCACCCAUCAAAGCUGAUGAUCUUAGAGAGGACAAUGUGCAACAAAAACUCAAAGCCGAUGAUCCUAGAGAGGACAAUGUGCAACAAAAACUCAAAGCUGAUGAUCUUAGAGAGGAGAAUGUGCAAAAAAAACCUGUUAAAGCUGAUGAUCUUAGAGAGGACAAUGUUCAACAAAAACCUGUUAAAGAUUUUUGUUUGGGUCGAUAUGUUUAUAUUCAUCAUAUCCCUAGCCGAUUCAACCAAGAUUUGCUUGAAAAUUGUGGGUCUAUCACCGCAGGGACUGAGCAUAACAUGUGUCCUUAUUUGGUUAACUCUGCUCUGGGUCAUGAAGUAGAAAAUUCUCAAGCAAUUUUAUCAAACAAGAGUUGGCAUUCUACUAAUCAAUUCUUGUUGGAAGUCAUUUUCCACUUCAGGAUGAAGAAAUACAAGUGCUUAACCAAUGAUUCUUCGCUUGCCUCAGCUAUUUAUGUGCCAUUUUAUGCUGGUAUUGAUAUUAGCAGAUAUCUUUGGCAUUUUAAUAUAUCAGUGAGAGAUCAAUCUGCUUUUGAGCUUGUAAGGUGGCUUGUUGAAAAACCUGAGUGGAAGAAAAUGUUCGGUAGAGACCAUUUCUUUGUUGCAGGGAGAAUUGCUUGGGAUUUUAGAAGGCAAACUGAUAAUGAGUCUGAUUGGGGUAGCAAGCUUAUGUUUUUGCCAGAAUCUAAUAACAUGUCAAUGUUAGCAAUUGAGUCAAGUUCAUGGAAAAAUGAUUAUGCUAUACCAUACCCAACUUGUUUUCAUCCCUCAAAAGAAAGUGAAGUGUUUCAAUGGCAAGAUAAAAUGAGAAGACAAACAAGGCCGUUCUUAUUUUCUUUUGCUGGUGCUCCAAGGCCUGAUCUUCAAGAUUCUAUCAGAAGCAAGAUUAUUGAAGAAUGCCUAGCUUCAAAAGAUUUGUGCAAGUUGUUAGUGUGUGAUUAUGGUGUUAAUGGUGCUAUUAAUUGUGAUAAUCCAGUGAAUGUGAUGAAAUUAUUUCAGAAUUCAGUAUUUUGCUUGCAGCCUCCAGGGGAUUCAUACACAAGGAGAUCCAUAUUUGAUUCUAUCCUGGCAGGGUGCAUUCCUGUUUUCUUUAAUCCAGGUACAGCCUAUGCCCAAUAUAAGUGGCAUUUACCAAAGAAUUAUAGUAAAUAUUCUGUGUAUAUACCUGUAGAAGAUGUUGAAGAUUGGAGAGCUGGCAUAAACCAGACAUUACUUAGAAUACCAGAGAAUAGAGUAUUGGCUAUGAGAGAGGAGGUUAUAAAAAUCAUUCCAAGAAUUAUAUAUGCAGAUCCCAGGUCUAGAAUGGAAACCAUUGAAGAUGCAUUUGAUUUAGCAGUCAAGGGUAUUCUUGAGAGAAUAGAGAGAGUUAGGAAGGUGCUGAGGGAGGGAAAGGAUCCUAGUAUUGGUUUUGCAGAAGAAGAUCAUUACAGGUUUACUUAUUCUGGGUAUGUUGGAGAAACUUUGAACAGAAUUUAAUAUUGCGUAGGAUUUUAUUAGAAUAUUAUUCCAGAAGAUUUUAGAAAACAACUGAUAAUCACAUAUGCAUACAAGGAAAAUAUCUGUAUCAGCUCUUUCCUCUUACCUGUAAUUAAUUUGUUGUGCUGCUGUUGCUUUUGCUUUUUUUCUUUUUUUCUUUUUUUGUAAUUUAUAGGAAUUAUUUUGGGGUAAAGAUGUGAGAUUUUGGUGUAAGUUUAUUAUACAUAGGUAUGAUAAAUAUGCAUAGAACAUUAAGAAUUAAUGAUAAUAAAAUAUAUUGGAAGUUGUAAAAGAAAACGCUGGCUAUUCAUUUUAUGUAAAUAGCUUUCUGAGUAACAAAUUGCCCAAAUAAUUCUUCAAAUUUGAUAUUGAUUUAG